AUGGUGUCCAGGCUUUUGCCGCCGCUACUCCGAAAGGGUUUUUUAAGUUGUUUGCGACGUGAAAUUUCCCCUUAUGGCACUUUAAUACCACCGACACCAGGUCUGUUACUACCAUCGCUUCCCAUCAACCCACUAGUACCGAGGUGUCUUUCGGACCGCCCAAACUUUUGCGUCAUUCCUGUGAGGAAUAGCACUGUAUUUACUUCCUUACCGGGUGAUGUUAUUUGGGAAGGUGUAACUGGUCCGAAAGGCAGCACAAAAAAACGUGCUCGUGGUAAACGCCGUGUAACGAGACCCAAAAUCGAUCUUAAUCGCGGUCAACGUCUUGGUGGCAAUCGCGAGGGCUACUUAUGGCCUGGGUUGAAUGCCCCUCUGUAUCGUGAAUCCACCUUACAGAAAGUUCAGAAGGGCGAUGUAAAUCAAGAAUACCUGAAUAAGUUAGAGGAAUUGAGAAACAAGUCAGCUGUGAAGAAGAAAAGAGUAAAAUUACCCCCGCUUCUUCGUGGCUGGACUGGUGCAAGCAUGGGUGGUCAGUCCUUGGGACCUUUGGAUUCCGGCUCUCCAGGCUUUGAUACACGUGUUCUUGAACUUAAAGCUGUAUCCACAAUGACCGCUACCGUUGGUCGCUAUCGACGGUUUUCUGCACUGGUUGUGGCUGGCAACGGACGAGGUGUUUGUGGCGUCGGAAAGGCCAGAUCAGUCACCUUACGUGGCGCCCUGAAACGGGCGAAAAAUCGUGCAUUCCUUAACCUUAUUUCCUUUAAUUUGAAGGAGAAUCGGACGCUAUGGCAUCUUGGCCACGUUCGAGAGUGGCACACUACGAUCUACGCUACACCGAAGCCCGAAGGCCACGGCUUAGUAUGUCACCGAGCAAUAAAGACACUGUGUGAUCUCAUCGGCAUCAAAGAUAUGCACGCCAAGGUGGAAGGGAAUACGAAAAACUACCUCUCCAUCGUACGCGGAUUCCUGCGCCUGCUAAACGAACAGGAGAGCUACGAGGAUGUCUCCAACCGCCUAGGUAUGCACGUGGUCGAGUUCAGCAAGGACUUCAACUCCGUGCCACGAGUUCUCGCCUCACCACGGGCGGGCAUCACUCAGGACUGCGUAAGCUAUGCUGGUUUGAAAUCUGACCCGUUGCUGGGCUCCCGGCCACCACCAAAGCCGCCCAAGGCGGGCAACCGCUAUCACAUUGAUUUGCUAUCGUUGCACGCGUUUUGGGAGGCCCAGGAAAAGGAGCACGGGGAGCGGUCCCCCCUCCUGAUUACCAAACCUGGUUAUCGGAGCCCAGUCCCCAAACCCGACCCUGAGUUCGAUCCCAUUGAUCACCUGCUGGAUGAGGAGGACGAGGCAGAGGAGGAGGUGCAGCGCCUCUUGGAGCGCGGAGAGAGGGAUUUAGAUGUGAUUAUCACGCUGAAGGGUUUGGUGCCUAAUAUCAAGAAAAACCCACUACCCACGUACCUGUCCUCGGCUGGAGUUCUCAAACGCGCGGCAGAGCGGCAUCGAUACCGGAACCAGGAGGCAGCCAGGCGCGAAAGGAUCGCCUACGCCAAACUGGAUGAGCAGUAG